UAACCCGCAGCAUGUCUUCAGCAGUGGCUCGCGGCCCGAGGACUCCCUUCCUCCCAGACAUUCAUAAUCCACAUAAACAGAGGAAAACACCAACAUCCAAGUCCUUCAGGGAAUGGAUGAAGGAGAAUCCCAUCGAUCCUUCUGAAGAGAAAACACAGAUCCUCACCGAGCACGAGAUUGCGCAAUUCAGGAAGCCUUUGCGUCAGAAUGUGUGUGUGGUGGUGCUGCGCGAGGGCUUUCACCGCUCGUUUGCGGAGCUGUUUGCGCUUCUGCAGCGCUGGAAGGAAGCGGAGGAACAUCCACACAAACUACAGACAAUACAACACCACCUCAUCCGGGCUGAGACCGCAGAAAGAGCCGGACAGUAUGCAGAGGCGUAUGAGGACCACUUGUUUUUGGCCAUGUUUUUCACUGAGCCGGAGGACGAAUGGUUGAAGCAUCAUUUCUUUCAGCUGGCCCUCCAUUCAGCUCGCAAAUUCAAAAUGGACUCUGGCAAAAGAGAGGCUGAGGCCAACUUACACUUGGGCCAAGUGUAUUUAGAGAAGGGUCAGCUUGAGCCGGCACGAGAGCAUUAUGAGGCCGUUUACCACCUGACCAUGGGCCGGACAUGGCAGGACACCAGCGGGCGCAUGCAUCACUCACGCUCAUGUGACGAGCUCCAGAGGGUGUAUACACUGCUGGCACAGACACUGCUUCAGGACCUACACUAUGCAGACGCCAUUAAGAUGUUCAAUAAGGCCUAUGAGAUGGCUAAAGAGUCGGGAGACCGAGGACAAGAAGGAGAGGCAGCCUAUCGACUGGGCCUGGCCUAUCAGAGCACAGGAGACCAGAAGACUGCUAAACAGCUUUUUAGCGUAUAUAUUGAGAUCUCCACAACACUUGAAAAUACAGACAGCCUGGGAAGAGCAUAUGAAGCCAUUGCCAAAUCUCUGGAGAGUGAAGGCAACCUAACAGAAGCAACAGAAUAUUUAGAGAAGUUUGCUGAGAUUUCUCUAAACAGCAAACAGGACCGAAACCUAGAGAAAGCCUGCAUGUGCCUCGGAACCAUCCUCAACUCUAGAAAUCAAUAUGAUGAAGCUUGUGUACAUUUUGAACGUGCAUAUGAGAUUGCAUGUAACCUGGCAUCAGUGCCCAGGCUGCAGAAGGCUCAGGUGUGUGCGAGCAGUGCCCGUGCUCUCGGCAUGAUGCAGACGUAUCACAUGAUCAUAGAGAAUCCUGGACGCCAGAACAUCCAGAAAACCAUCAGCUGGAAGGAGAGACGAGAGGAUAGCUUCAGUGCUGCGCAUCAUCAUAGAGCAAGAAAUGAAGACGGUGAGCAGUGGACAGGCAAGAUGGAGGGGAAAUGUUUAUUUGAAGGCUGA